AUGAUAGAUAUACCUCCGGCCCUCAGGGACAAGUAUGACAGGGAUUUUGCAGAUCUGCACCCAGGUAGCUGGGAUAAAAGACCGGAUUAUGGGGAUCCCCAAAAAGUCCGAAUCCCAAGAGGCCAAUUAGACCCACAUACCGACCCAGGUUUCACAAGAGCGGCGUCUUGGGCAGCCAAGAAUUCGAAAGUCCUUUCGAAACUCGGUGUGUUUCCAGUGUCGGAUUCGGCUUGGUUGGUCGUGAAUUGGGACGUGCUAGAUUCGGAAACGAAUGCGAUUUGGAGCCUGAAACCGGGCAGAGAUCCAGCACUACUGUAUGCGCUAGCAUCAGACUAUUAUUUAGUGCGUCUCGAACCUCGGGAGCGAGAAGAUCCUCCACAAAACGGGGGGGAGGCUCAGAAUGUCAGAACAGACUGGACGGAGCCUGUUCUCUGCUUCCUGAAGAAGGACAUUACGGCGAGAGCCUUGCGGACAGUUCUGUCCAAUCUAAUCCAAUUGGAAUUGGGUCCUGAAACCAGGACAACGCUGUCAGAUCUAGUCCUCGAAUGCGCAGCACAGAACGUUCACAGGAAGUUCUCUCAGGGCUUGGUAUUCUCAGGCUUCGGCGACCAAGAAUCGAUGAUAAGAAUUAUUCUGACCUCGGUGCCCACCUUCGGAAAGAAAAAGUCCUUCAUCAAACCAGUCAACGGAGCUUUGAAAGGCCUGAACGGGCUAGAAGGUGAUUUUAGACAAGCAUGGCUGUCAUGGCUUCCUAAAUCCAGACUAGGACCGUUGUGGUCAUACCACAAAAUGCUUCUAACAUCGGUGCUCACCGAUUCUUUCUGGAACUACAUCACUUGCAAAGUCCUGGAAACUACUCCGGACGAGCUCGAGAAACGAGAGUUGAGACCAGACCCCGAGUGGUGGUUCAAUAAUUUGGUGGCGUUCGCCACAGUAGACUUGCUGGCGAUGAGUGAAGAGAUCCCGAACUCGCUGAGCCACCCGAAAGACUUCAUUGAAGCGAUAGUUGCCAACGCUGCGGCAACGGAGAAGUGGGUGUCGAAAGAUACCCUCCAAAAAGCGAAAGUCAUCAGAGAAAAUCUGACGUUUCCCACAAAGGAUCGGGACCGUAAAGGCGAAGGCCUCAGAAUGCGACUGAUUUUGAACAAUGCGGUCGCAUGUGGGAUAGAAAGAUUGACAAAAUACCUGGAAACAGGACGACUCCUUCCACUGGCGGCCGCUCGGCACCCUUUUUGGAGGCUCAAAAUUAGAGCCCAGCUAGCGAAGAAAUUGGCGGAACAGCUAAAAUCGCCGGGGAAUGGAAAGAUGAAGGGCAGACUUGCCUUUAAAACCCGCGACUGGAGGCGAGCAAUCAUGGAGAAAACCAGGACUACAUUCGAAUUCCCGGUGGAUUUCUGCGAUUACUCGCUCACGCCUGAAGAUAAAGCCGAUCCGAUUUUGUCUCUGUUCAGAGAAGUACUAGAAGGCUUCAAGGAGCGAAAGCUAACGGCGGAAGUGGUGUCCGAGUGGUACAAGGAUAUUCGCCAGACAUCCGAACAGACCAUCCUGAAACAAAGAAGAACGUUUUGGGAGAAAAACCCACUGGUCAAUGAUGAUUGGGAAACUAUCAGAAAGGCCACACCGGACAAUCACUUUGACUUGGCGCGCUUCUCGUUCGAGCAAGCAGCAAAGAAGAAUGCCAAAGGCCCGUUUUCCAAGAUGCAACUGACUCCAGAUCCUUGGUUCGAAAUGGUGAAAGAUCAUGCGUUGAGCAACGCCGACUCAGAUCUAGCCUGGCAAAUUCCUGACGACUUCUGGGAAGUCGCCGAAGCUGCGGGUAGCAGAGCCUGGAAAAUUAGAGCGGCUAGACUGGCGAAGGCCGGAGCGGUGGGAGUUUUUGCAGCAAAAAUAUGCAACGAAACGCCGGAUAUUCCAUUAGCGGAUCCGCUACAUGCAGUGGUAGAAUAUGCGGCGCAGACGCUCAGACACCCAGCUGAGUAUUCACUCAGAGAAGCAAUUGAGGUGGUAGCCGACAAUUUACGGUAUUCGUGCUCGGAAACGGGCGAGAAACCGUGCGAAGUCUGGAAGAAAAUGGAACAAAUGGCGACGAGCGUCGAUGUAAGAGCGGUCUUCCCGCCUCCAGAGCUGGAGAACACUCAGAACUCCUUUCUAUUGAUGCAUCGGGUCCCCUCGGCCUCAAAAUCAAAGCUUCAUUUUCAAUGGAUCGGAAACGACGCUGAAAGAGCAAAGGAGUCGAUCUUGUGGAAAAAAGAGCAUCCAUGGAAUAAGAUUGGGUCAGUCAUGACGAUCGAGAAAGCGACCGCUAUCUUAAACGACCUGGCGGAAUUCAGACCAACGGAAGCGGCGAUGCUACUGAAAUCAAUGGCUAAAUCUAGGCCAGCAGGGGAGGGGAUCGUCCUUGUUGCCACGUCUGAACAGGCGCAACAGAACUGGGUGGACUUAGCGACGGCUAAGCUACCAAAAGACGAAGAGCCUUCGGCGAUCUGGCAGGAAGCGUUCGCUUCGCUAGAGUUUGCAGAACUGUCGUCAGUUAACAAAGCAUCACCAGUGCUUUUGCGGCUAAUUGAACACGAUGAAAAUCGUGGACUCUUCAGAUGGCAAAGACUAAUCUUCCGGGAGACCGACAAUGGAAUGAGAUCCAUCAUUUGGAAUACUCACAAUCUGGUGGCUCCAGGAAAAGUAAGAAUCCUGCGAGACUUUGUCAGCUGGGGAAAGGGACACCUUUCCAACCGACACAUUAGAAAAUCGGAAAAGGAGAGAGAAAUCUCUAUUCGAGGACUUCGAGAAAACGGACUUCAGACAAUGCAGCCUAGGACUAGGCAGAGGAGUUCUGAACAGACUCGCGUGCACAACGGCAACGUUGGCGAAACCAUCAUGGCUGGAUCUAGUGUCAGUAUCAGGUUUGGGCUAUCGCCCUACAAAAGGGAAGAUCAGACCGUUUAA